UGCGUCUUUGCUACAACUUCCGCCAUUGUCCUUCUUUCCGGGAUUCUCUGCGAGGAAGGAUGGCUCAGAACAAUUAUUUCGGCUUUACUCACGGCGGAACGCAAUAUGGGGCAACCAGCGCCGCUGCCUAUCAAACGGGCCAGGCGGGAUAUGCCGUAACUCCGGCGGCAACUGCCGCUACAUAUACCCAACGACCUGCCGCUGCGGCUGCUACAGGUUACGAAACCUACCAGGCAGCUGCGGCUGCGGCUGCAACUGGGACCACAUACGCAGCCGCUAAUCCUGGUACUGUGGCUCAAACUUACGAUUACGGAUACGGACGUGCUGCACCAGCUGCCACGUACGACGCAACUAAAACUUACUAUCAGCAACCAGCAGCUGCUGCGGCAACUUACACUACUACCGAGACUCACUACCAGGCUGCAAAACCUGCGUAUAGUACAACCAGUGCCUAUACUGGCACUGCUAGACAAGCUACUAGUACUGGACAGGCUAAGACUUACCAGGCAUCUAGUACCGCUUAUCAGCAAUCAAAUCCUACGCAAAGUGCAACUUACUCUUCAGGGUACACAGCUCCAGCUACACCUGCCGCUACACCAUCAACUGCAACAAAUAAAACGGCGAGUACAACGUAUUCCGGCUACGACGCAGCGCUAUAUAGCGCUGCGACUAUGUAUGUAGCCCAACAGAGUGCAAACAGCAAUUCAACUAACCAGAAGACUGGAGGUUGGCAGGGAUACACGCGAAAGGGAUUCGGAGCUGGCGGGGGAGGAAUGAAGGCAAUGCGGCCCAAGCAGCCUCCAAAACCUCAGCAACUGCACUACUGCGAUGUGUGUAAGAUCAGCUGUGCCGGGCCUCAAACUUACCGGGAGCACUUGGAAGGACAAAAACACAAGAAGAAGGAAGCCUCUCUGAAAGGACCUCAACAGCCCCCGGCACGUGGAGCGGGUAACAGUCUUCGUUGUGAGCUUUGUGAUGUAACUUGCACUGGAAAUGAUGCUUACGCUGCCCAUAUAAGAGGUGCUAAACAUCAAAAAGUGGUUAAAUUGCAUACAAAACUUGGAAAACCUAUUCCAAGUGCGGAUCCUACAGUAUUAAAUCCAAAGCCGGCUACGGCUGCAAAAACCACAUCAACUAAGAAACCAGCAGUAACAGCAACACCCAAAAUCAACUUUGUCGCCUCUGGAAAUUUGGGCACGGUAAACCAGAAUCAAACGACUGAAGUUAAACAAGAGGAAUCAACUGCUGAGGAAACGGUCGAAGAAGUUACAGUAGACGAGAAAGACAUUCAACCAGUUGGCCAAGAAUACAUCGAGGAAAAUAAAUCCGAAGAUGGAAAGAUUAUAAGUUUCAACUGUAAACUUUGCGAAUGUCGCUUCAACGAUCCCAACGCCAAAGACAUGCAUAUGAAGGGCCGUCGUCAUAGAUUCGCUUACAAAAAGAAAGUCAAUCCUGAUUUGGUGGUUGACAUGAAACCCAGUCUCAAACAGCGAAAGAUGCUGGAGGAGAAGCUACGCAGACAACAAAUGCGCGACGAAUAUAUACGUCGCAGGGAAGAGAUCAGUCCCAUGAUGGGACCCAUGAUGGACGAGGAACUAAUGUACUGGGAAGAAAGGCGUCGUUACGAGGAAGAAAUUGAAUAUUACGAGUGGUAUCGACGGUACGGGCGUAAUACUGGCGCACCUCCUAUGGCGCGACCGUUCCCAGGACCACCGCCUAUGAUGAUGUUCCCGGGUCCUCAGAGACGACCGGAUUCAUCGGACGACAAGCAUGUUUUGGCACAUCACACAACUAUUUAUCCCAAGGAACAAGAACUGUUGGCAGUCCAGAAAAUAGUUUCUCACACCGAAAAAGCAUUGAAAUUCGUUUCAGACAAUUUAGCUGAGACCAGUAAAAAGACUGUUCCCGCAAACGCUAAUGCAACUGCCGCAACACCUGCGGCCGCCGGCACACCGCAGACAAACACAGACGCCUUGAAGAAAGAAGAAGCUGACAAGAAAAAAGCAGCCGCCCCGCAAAAAGAAGAUGGAAGCGAUGGUAAUCUCUUUUCGUUCCAAAAGGAGAAGGAAGAUUCUCGGAUACUUCGUGGUGUUAUGCGCGUUGGAAACUUGGCUAAGGGAUUAUUGUUGUCCGGAGAUAAUCACGUUUGCUUAGUUGUCCUAUGUGCAGAAAAACCAACGAGAACUUUACUCCACAAAGUUGCCGAGAUUUUGCCUGGCGAAUUGAAAAAUGUCGCUCCCGAGGAGACCUACAAUGUUGGAAAGCAUCCGGAAUCGGCUGCUCUGACAGUCUCGGGAGGCACUGUGACCGUCAGCGUGACGCUCACCAGUCCUUUAAUGCGCGAGACACCGAAGUCGACCGUGGCAGCAGAUAAUGCUGGACAGCAGCAGCAGGAAGCUGCGCAACUGCAAACAACGCCCGCGGCCCCGACUGUGACGAAACCAGAUCCACCUGAUGUACUUCCCAAGGCUAAGUGUUUGGACGCUUUAGCUGCACUCAGGCAUGCGAAGUGGUUUCAGGCUAGAGCAACUUCGCUGCAGAGCUGCGUUAUGGUUAUUCGUAUAAUGCGCGACCUUUGCAAUCGUGUGCCAACAUGGGGUCCGCUCAAUCCUUGGGCAUUGGAGUUGUUGACUGAGAAGGUCAUAAGCACCGCGGGUGGUCCUCUUAGUCCUGGAGAAGCUUUGAGAAGACUACUAGAAUGCGUAGCUGGAGGAAUACUGCUUCCAGGCAGUCCAGGAUUAUCCGAUCCAUGCGAGAAGGAGCCAGUAGACGCGAUAGGAAACAUGACGUCUCAACAGAGAGAAGAUAUCACCGCGUCCGCGCAACAUGCGCUACGAUUAGUCGCGUUUCGGCAGAUACACAAAGUAUUAGGUAUGGAACAACUUCCGCCACCGAAAUUCAAGGGACGUUUCGCCAGAAAACGAAGACGCGACAACAGCAACGGAGAGGGCACGGACAGUGAAGCUUCAAAGAAAGAUAAGAAAGCGGAAGAGAAAAUGGAGACAGACUCGAAGUAGAGCUACCAAAAGAAAUCCAUAUAUGAAUUGUAUAACAACUUAUUUAGUAUAAGGAAAAAAACGCCGUUUUUCCGCCGUGUCAGUUGCUUGUUUAGAAACGAUGAUGUUUAAUCGGAAGAUUUUGAGGAUAGUUAAGAUUAUAUUUGUGAUUUAGAUAUGACUUAGGAAUUCGCGAAAAAACGAGAAACGAGUCAACGCUUUAAGGACUGAAAUGUUUUCUUCGCGAUUUUUGCUCGAUUAUAAAUAUUACGAUUAAAUGCAAUGUAUGAUUUAUACUAAUGAUUUGUUUGUUUUGCUGGAACAUAAAUCGAUAUUUCGCAGAUGUUGCGUUACGCAGGGACACAAAUUUGCUGCAUCUUCAGUCCUUGAGGUGUUAAAAGUGCUGCAAUGGUAAAAAUUUUCUGUUCGUUCCUAGGGUUACUGUUGCAGAGAUUUAUUUAUUUUAUAGCAAUAACUGUUUUUUCACUAUAUUUGACGGUAAACAUCAUGUAUACGCCGCAGUGCGAGAACAGCUAGUAUAAUGAGGUUUAGAUGUUGUGACUAAUGAACUUUCUUAACAGGCAAUUGGUGCGAUUAGCUCUAAAAUAUAUUAGGUUUAUAUUGAUGAAAUAAAAUGCGUCCAACGAGAAUGGGACGCGUUCGGUGAGUCAAAGUUAUUUCGAUUGCUACGAAGAAUAUAACUUUUAUCAAAUACGUGUAAACACAAAUGAUUCACAUUAAUAUAAGUUCAAAGUUGAAAAUCA